CACUGCCUCCCAAAAAAGACGCUGCAUCAUGGGGCCCACACUUUGCUACGUUCCCCUCUGAUCCCUCUCUUAAGGCCCAAACAGCAGCUGUGGAGAUUAGAGAGGAGAGGACACUGACACACACAGACUCUUCCUCACAGCGACACAGCCAGCCAGGACAGAUCUGGUUCAGACUGGAGUGGACUCUCAUCAGAAGCAUCUUUUAGCUAGACCGGGAACAACCAAACAACUUUACCAGCAAAAGAUCUCCUUGAUUGGACUUUGUAUUUCCAAUGACCCCUUAUGUCCUUGGAUCUCCCGUAACCUCACAGCGGACUUUUGUAGGAAUCUCUAUCCCCACACUUCUCCUUUAUUUUGGGGUCUACACUAGGUCAUAUGCGACUCAAGAACUGGUCUUUCUGUUUUAGUUUAAACUGAUUCUGACUCGUCCGUGCUAUUCAAGCUUUGGCCAUGAGUUGUUUUGGGUACCGCCGAGAGCUGAGUAAGUAUGAAGAUGUCGAUGAGGACGAGCUUUUGGCUUCCCUCAGCCCCGAGGAGCUGGCUGAGUUGGAAAAAGAGCUGGCAGACAUUGAUCCUGACGCCAACGUGCCCAUAGGACUCAGACAGAGAGACCAGACGGACAAGACCCCAACGGGCACCUUCAGCAGAGAGGCCCUCAUGAAGUACUGGGAAAACGAGACGCGUAGACUGCUGGAGGACGAGAUAGGUGGAGGAAGCCCCAAACCGGAUGAAGAACAAGAGGAGUGUGUGACAGAAGAAAACAGUGAAGCAGAGGAUGAAAAAGAUGACAAAAAUGAGAAAGAACAGAACAAGUGUGAAAAGAAGGAAGAAGAGGAAGAGCAGGAUGAGGAGGAUGAGGAUGAAGAAGAACAAGUGGAAGAAGAAGAGGAAGAAGAAGAAGAAGAAGAAGAAGAAGAAGAAGAAGAAGAAGAAGAAGAAGAAGAGGACAGUGAGGAAGCGGAGGAAGCUGUAACAGAGGAGGAAGAAGAGGAGGAGGAGGAACAAGAUGAUAAAUCAAAACCUGAACCCUCAAAUGAUUCUGGGACAUCACGGGCUGACACCCCAAAGCUAUUAAUACCUCAGAGAGUGGAGCCAAUUAGACUGACUCCUCCCCCUCCACCUGCUGACCCCAUCACGACCGGAAACCCUACUGUUGUUGAUGAAGCACUCCAACGAGUCCUUAGCAACAACCCUGAACUCACCGAGGUUAAUCUCAACAACAUUGACGACAUCUCACAGGAAACCCUGAUCCGAUUUGCUGAAGCACUGAGGUCCAACACACAUGUGCGGGUCUUUAGCCUCGCAAACACCCGAGCCGACGACCCCGUGGCUCUGGCCAUUGCUAAGAUGCUGAAGGAGAACUCGUCCAUCACCAGUGUGAAUAUAGAGUCCAACUAUGUGACAGGAAAAGGCGUAAUGGCACUGGUUCAAGCACUCCCAGGAAACAACACCCUGACUGAGCUUCGGUUUCACAACCAGAGACAUAUGUGUGGAGGACAGGUAGAGAUGGAGAUGGUGAAGAUUCUGAGGGAAAACUACACCUUGAUCAAGCUGGGUUACCAGUUCAAUCUCCCUGGUCCCAGGAUGAGCAUGACGGGGAUCCUCACCAGGAACCAGGACCGUCAGAGACAGAAACGGCUGCAGGAGCAGAGGCAGCAGCAGCAGGGCCAACAAGGGGGGCCAGAGGGAGUUGUUAACCCCCGAACCACUGCACUGAGAGGAACACCUAGUUCAUCACCUCACAGCUCACCCAGAGCCUCUCCUUGGUCCUCACCCAAACUCCCCAGGAGUGACUUGGCUAAAAAGCAGACUCCUCCUGCUCCACCUCCUCCUCCCCCUCCACCACCUCCUCCUCCCCCACCUCCCCCACCACCACCUCCUCUGCAGCAAGAGAAGAAGAAGCCCACCAGGAUGAUCGCAGAGGUCAUCAAGGCGCAUGAGGCGGGCAGCAAGAAGGUGACAAAGACAAAAGGGAAGAAGGGCAAGAAGGGGAAGGUGAAGGAGUCGGGGAAAGAGGAGACGGGCAGCAUCCUGAAGGAGCUCAAGAACACGCUGAGGCCCGUGUCAGUGGAAAAGAGAGGGGAGGAGGGCAGCCGGCCAUCCACUCCAAUGAGGUCAGCCCACGACCAGCUGAUGGAGUCCAUCCGCAACAGCAGCAUCCGCAGCCUGAGACGGGUGCAAGUCCCGCAUCAUCUACGAUAAUACAAGCAGAAAUAAGAGCGGUCCAUUUGUCGCUGUGGAAAUUUGCAUAACGAGGAUGACCAACAGUGAUGAAGGCACAAGUUGAAAACAUAUUGGUAUGACUGAGGAAGCACAAACUGAAUUCUUACUCAUGAAAAAGAAAACAUACUGGAAAUUUGCACUGCAAUAAUAGCUUUACAUUUUAAUAAUGUUGAAGUUUUUUUUUUUAAAGUAUUUAUGCAAUAUAGAAAAUGGUAUUUAUAUUUUAAUUUUGAAAUGAGUUGACUGAACUGUUUACUGACCAGCUGUCUAAUUCACUGAUUUCUUGUAAAAUUGUAAAUAUGAUCUGUCGCUGGUUGAAUUAUGUGCUAAUGUCUAAAUAUAGCCAUUUGGUGUUUACAGUAAUACUUGUCAAAGUAUGUAGACUUUUUUCUUAUUCUUUGGCUACUGAAUGAGUUUCAUUUGAAAGAAAGGGGUCAAGUUGUUAUACAGAAGUAGAGGCAGCACAAAAAAACUGUUUUUUAUCAGCUUACCGGUCAAGCACCUCUGAUGCAUUUUCCCACUCUGACACAUUCACAACACACCCACUCCAGUUGGCACAUAUUAGAACAGGGCUUUUGCGCACUUUGAACAAUUCACAAUGCAUGACAAGUGAAGGGAAAGAAUAGACACUCACACUGACAUCACAGAAGAGAAAUCGACUUUAAACUAAGAUCUCAGGAUCAAAUAAAAAGCUGUGGGCUGCUUAAAAGCUGCAGUAAACGAUGCCUUUAAAACAAGUCACUGUAACCUUUGAAAGAAUAACAUUCUUCCUCUUAAAAUGUAAAGUUAGACUCAUUGCUCAAUCCAAUGCACCCAGACAUUUUGCUCCUACAGCCCUUCUUGGUCUGGUAUGACCAGUAGCUUAUGACUGCUAAUGCUAGCUAAUGUUAGGAAACUUUGGCUCUACGUAAUAAAUGAGGUAUAGUAACGGACCUGUUUUAUAUAUUGUCUAAAAUCAGCCUGUGUAACUUGCUGAACAGGUGUCACUGUGGCUACAAGUAAUGUCUACAGGAUGAUGCUAAUGCUAAAACUGAGUAACAGAAGCACAAGUAGAAAAAAGGUUAGCAAAAUGUUUGCUAUAGGCCAGUAUCUACACUAGCUGUGUCUCAAUUCAGGGGGCGCAUCCUUCGAAGGCCCAACUAGGCUGUCCCCUUUGGAAGGCUCCUUCAAAUGCACCUGAGAAAUGUGUCCUUCGGUUCCCAGCCAACAAAGGACCCAACGGGCGUAUCCUUCGCAGCCAAAACCUAAGAUAUAAGAUUCAUUGCUUCAUAAGGCGGAAUCUGCGACUAAAGCAGUGGCCGAGAAUCAAUAAGUAAUCCUCCGUCAACCAGACCGUCUCAUUUCCACAACUGACAAAUGAGAAAGUGAGAGCAAAUGCGCUAUAGAGAGCUAUAGAGACUGAAAGAUUUGAGCUAUCAGCAUCGGUCACCCUAAUCCUGUUUCUGCACUUUCAUUAUGUGUCUUGGAGUUCCCCAACUCCUCAAUCCACAGUGCAGCUGUUCAAAGACGAUGCAGUCAGGGGUGGCAACAACUAGAAAACUACAAAUUACAGGAAGGCAAACCAUUUCUCAAAGUAUACCAGACGUUUUUAGACUUUUUUUCUAGAUUACAGGCAUUCCAUUAACCUCAGUUUAGUAUGAAAAAAAAUCAUCUUUUUUUGCAAUAAAACAUAUUCAUUAGUCUAAAAUCUAUGAAAUAUUUAGGAAAAUGUUGAACAGUACUAUAUCGUAUGUGUAUAAGAUGGUAUAUUGCAUGAAAAAGAGCAUUUAAAAGAAAAGCCAACCUUAAACUAGACUUAUGAAAGGUUUGGACAGAAAUAAGUUCAGCUCCUACGGAUGGGACACUCCCCUCACCAAAAACCAAUCUACUCAAUGUCUUUCCCAAGUACAGCAGCUCAGUAUGCACAAUGCAUUCCUUUAAUGUCCUAAGAAUAAGAUUUCCUGUGCUCAUAUACAGCACUUCAUCAUGUCUGUCAAACUGUAAAUAGAGGGAUCCUUCCAUAAAAUUCAGCCAUAAAUUGUACAGACUUCCUGCUUGUAUAAGGGGUCUGUGCACUCAGGGUGGUCACUGCAUUAUCCUCUUAAAAAUUCAAGACAUUAUUUUCAGAGUGGUCAGAGGUUUAUGAGGGAAAUAUGAGGAAAUGUAAUACCAGUCUCCAAACCACAGCAAAAUGGUCAAGUAUGCAAGUUUGCAUCAGCUACAGAACAUCCCUUAAGCUUCUCAGUCACAACACUCAGGCCCUUUGACCUUUGCAUUUCUUACUAAUGUAUGCAUGUGAUGCUGCUGUUUCACAAAUGACACUGUGUCUAAGCUGAUAAAUUCCUAAAAUGUAAAUCUGCAAUCUGCAAUCUAGCUGCAAGUGCGUCAAAGAGAAAUUUCACCAAUAACUGACAUAAUAUUCUACUUGUGAUAUUCUACUUAACGCCUAGUUAAUUGGACACCUGGUUGCAUUGUAAUAGCAACAAAAUCAUGUGAUCAUACUUAACUCUUGUAAAUCUUUAUAUUAUAUGUAUGUUUGUUAUCUAUAAGCAAGACAUUUAAUAGCACUUUUAUAGCACAAGCAAAACAACAUGUGCCUGUUGCUUCUAUUAAUGCUUUUUGUCUUUCUGCAUGUGUGUAUGUGUUGGUCGGGGUCUCUAUGGAAGCACUGUCUCCAUGUAGUGCUGCCACAAUAGUGGAAAGUGCCAUACCUGCUCUAAUCCCUCUCAUAAGCUCUGCAGCAGAGAACUGAUACGGGGUCAGCGCGGUGUCAGCUGAUGUGGACAUCAACUAAAAAUAAAGGGUAAAGGCAUUCAGUAGUUGUGGUUGUUAUUGUGAUUUGUUACAGUUAAUUACAGGGUCAAUUCUUGCAGUGGCUUCUAGAAGUAUUGUUUAAAAGCCAUUUCUUAGUUCCUCACUUUUUUCAUUUACCUAAUAGACAGUCACUAUAGGCAUUUUAUGUUCUUGUUGCAAGCCUUCUUUUCUUACAUUUUGAGUAUUUUGAACUCACAUGCACAUUAAUUAAUUGUUAAGAAACCCAGAUGCAGGACAUUGUAUCUAAAUCUGCUGUGCACAUGUACUGUACCUGAAAAUAGAUGAGAUAGACAUCUGACUAACUUGCUCUCUAUCUGAAUUAGUCUGUCCAACAUGCACAAGAGAAGCCGGGUUAACAGAUGGACUCAAAAUAAACUGGGAUGUCCUCAA